UCAAAUGAGCUUUUACUGAACUUGUGCAGGACUUUGUCAGAGUUUAUUUUUUUCCGUGAUUAAAUUCCCUAAUCGUUGUUGAGAUUGUUGAUUUGCUUGAGACACAUGAAAUGUGCAGCAAAAUGUAGCUGAAAGACAAAGAAGAAAAGAAAGAGAGAGAAACAUCCAUCCAAGUGUUGUCCGUCAGGUUUGUGUUGUUUUGUGUGUGCAGGCUGUCAGGCUGUCUGGUCACAGAGGAAGGCUGUGCUUCUCUGGCCUCAGCUCUGAGCUUCAAGACCUCAAAUCUGAGAGAGCUGGACCUGAACUACAACCAUCCAGGAGACUCAGGAGAGAAGAUGCUGAGAGCUAAAGUGGAGGAUCCAGACUGUAGACUGGAAACUCUCAGGUACAGACAGACAGACACUCUCAGGUACAGACAGACAGACACUCUCAGGAAACUAUCAUCCUAGUGUUGCAGGCCAAGUCUGCUCCUUUCCAUUGGUAGGUUUAAGGGUGUGUGAGACGUCAGAGGAAGUGCUGCAGCGUGUCGAAUGGGGCCUAGUUUUGAGAUCCCAGAAACAACCACGGUUAAGAGGUAACAAAAGCCCUAAGCACGUUCAUCAAAAACAGCAGACCAAUAAAGAUUUAUCUGAAGAAACCACAUAAUGUAACCAAGUGAUUAUGCUUAUGCUGAGCAGUGAUUUUUGUAACCUGAUACUUAUUUUUAAAAUACUGAAGUGUUUGAAUAAGAUAGAUGUGAAUGAUUAAACAGGUGAUCUUUUAUGAACUGUUUAACAGUAAAAUGAUUUGUUCAUGAUUGAAAUAUUAAAUGUGAAGCAUGUUGUGUGAUCAAGCAAAUGCAGUGAUUUAAAGGAAUGAUUAUGUGUGACAAGUACUGUGUCUGAAAAGAGGAAGUUGAUUUUAAACUGCGCACUUACUAGAAAAGAGGAACUAGAGUGUUACCCAAUGUUGAGCAAUGCUUAGCCUCUACAGGGCAGUGAUUUUGACUUACAAAAUGUUGUUCCAAAUAUGGUAAAUCCUUGUAAUGGUUAAUAAGUGCAAUGAUCUCAUGCAGGAUGCAGACCCAAGUAUGGGUAUUAGAAAUCAUGUGUAAUCCUUCUGAAAUGUAAUGUAAUCAGAGUAUAUUCAAUGUGUGUGUAUUGGGAAUGUGACAAUGAAUCACCAUGACUAGGCAACUGAGCCCUCAGACACUGGGUGUGUAUUGAGAGAUAACUGUAUAAAAAGAGGAGACAGAGACAAAGUAUUCGGAGUUCUCGGAGUUCUCUGAGUUGUUGGAGAUGUCGAGGGGCUUAACACUGGGUUAAGCCUGCCAGAGUUCUUUGAGGACAUCGCUGGAAGAAAAGUUCUCCGGACUUUGUUCAAGAAAAGAAGACCAAACUCUGUUGAUGAAGAAAAGUUCCAGUCGGUCUACAGAGUCACCAAGAAGAGAAGAAAGAAGAACAGCCGCCGAGCCAAAGAGGGGAAGACGGUAUCGGAGACGACAGCUGGAGGCUGCCCUCACCCAGAGAGACGGGAGAGUCGGGGACUUUCCACCACCGUUCAUCUGCCCAGGUCAUCGGGGCUUCCUCACCACCGUUCCAGCUUCUGCUUCUAAAGACAUCUGCAAGACCAAGAUUGGCUUUUUUGGGACUUUUCCUGCUCCCCCUGCCGAGGAACAACAAUUUUUGGACCGAAAGAGACCUUGUACGGGGUUUCCAGAUCCACUACUGAGUUCGUCCAGACGCAGAAGAGUGCUGCCUGUGUCAGGUGUAAUGCUACAUUGGAAGAAAAGAAGUGUCUCUGGGAUGUGAAGCCAACCUUUUGGUGUGAAACCUGCUACAACGCCGCGUUCCCCAUCACUUCUGCAGACGGCGUCCUGUGUGAUAAAAUGGCUGUACGACUCCCGGAGAUCUCCGUGAGUGAGCACCUGGGGAUUCAAGCCUCAGCCAAGCCAUUGUGGUGUUCGGCAGAGCACUACCAGUCCUGGUAUCAAGAGUACCCGGAGGGCAUCUACUACCCAGUCUACCUGAAGAUUUGGCAACUCUGGGGUGAGAAGUACAUCUCCACCACACACCUAGCCGAUGGGAAAUGUGUGGCCAUAGGGCAGCCAUGGCAGAGACCGCCACCAUCACCUCGACCCGUCGCAGUGGUCAAUCCUACUGUGGAACCGGGCGCAGACGUCCCAGCUCGACCUACUACCUUGGCAGAGAUACAGCAGGCCCAAGAUGAGACACUCCGCGAGCUGUUGGAAGCACUGGAGACAACAUUGAGGCCCGUACCUCUCCCAGGGGAUGAAGUGACACCGACACCGGAUCCAAUCCAACCAUCCACGAGAGCAGAGAGGGCAACAAGAGUGCGGUUCGCUGAUCUCGACCUGGCUGACAUGAGUAUCAUCGACGCCUGGGAAGGUUCACCAGCACCAUUCAUCGUCGAAGAAGAACCAGAGAUCAUUGGAGAGGUGGUUACCAUCAGCACUGAUGACGCCCUGGUUCCAAUAGAUGAUGUGCUCGACAUACAUGCUCCAGAUGACGACGAGCUGCUCUACACCGACCUGUAGUGACCUGUGGUUGCUACCUGUGAUCUCAAGAAGGGGGUGUCGAAUGGGGCCUAGUUUUGAGAUCCCAGAAACAACCACGGUUAAGAGGUAACAAAAGCCCUAAGCACGUUCAUCAAAAACAGCAGACCAAUAAAGAUCUAUCUGAAGAAACCACAUAAUGUAACCAAGUGAUUAUGCUUAAGCUGAGCAGUGAUUUUUAUAACCUGAGGCUUAUUUUUGAAAUACUGAAGUGUUUGAAUAAGAUAGAUGUGAAUGAUUAAACAGGUGAUCUUUUAUGAAAUGUUUAACAGUAAAAUGAUUUGUUCAUGAUUGAAAUAUUAAAUGUAAAGCAUGUUGUGUGAUCAAGCAAAUGCAGUGAUUUAAAGGAAUGAUUAUGUGUGACAAGUACUGUGUCUGAAAAGAGGAAGUUGAUUUUAAACUGCGCACUUACUAGAAAAGAGGAACUAGAGUGUUACCCAAUGUUGAGCAAUGCUUAGCCUCUACAGGGCAAUGAUUUUGACUUACAAAAUGUUGUUCCAAAUAUGGUAAAUCCUUGUAAUGGUUAAUAAGUGCAAUGAUCUCAUGCAGCAUGCAGACCCAAGUAUGGGUAUUAGAAAUCAUGUGUAAUCCUUCUGAAAUGUAAUGUAAUCAGAGUAUAUUCAAUGUGUGUGUAUUGGGAAUGUGACAAUGAAUCACCAUGACUAGGCAACUGAGCCCUCAGACACUGGGUGUGUAUUGAGAGAUAGCUGUAUAAAAAGAGGAGACAGAGACAAAGCAUUCGGAGUUUAUCGGAGUUCUCGGAGUUCUCUGAGUUGUUGGAGACGUCGAGGGGCUUAACACUGGGUUAAGCCUGCCAGAGUUCUUUGAGGACAUCGCUGGGGGGAAAAAGUUCUCCGGACUUUGUUCAAGAAAAGAAGACCAAACUCUGCUGAUGAAGAAAAGUUCCAGUCGGUCUGCAGAGUCACCAAGAAGAGAAGAAAGAAGAAUAGCCGCCGAGCCAAGGAGGGGAAGACGGUAUCGGAGACGACAGCUGGAGGCUGCCCUCACCCAGAGAGACGGGAGAGUCGGGGACUUUCCACCACUGUUCAUCUGCCCAGGUCAUCGGGGCUUCCUCACCACCGUUCCAGCUUCUGCUCCUAAAGACAUCUAUAAGACCAAGAUUGGCUUUUUGGGACUUUUUCUGCUCCCCCUGCCGAGGAAGAACAAUUUUUGGACCGAAAGAGACUUUGUACGGGGUUUCCAGAUCCACUACUGAGUUCAUCCAGACGCAGGUCAGACAUCGGGCGUGGCAACUAAGGCCAAGUUGCCCGUUCUCUCUGUCUCCCAAAUUAUACUGAUUAGAGAAGAUUAUUAGAGAGGCUCAGUUUUAAUAAUUUUUAGUGUAAUUGAUUUGUUUUAGUCAUAUUUGUUAUUGCUUAAUCAAGAACUGAUGCUAUGCCCUUGCUGAAUUUAUUCAAUAAAACGCUAUAUUGCA